UGGCAAUGUGGUUGAAGCCAUGUAUGGGGACCUCCCUCCUCCAAUCAUGCUGAUUGGACAUAGUAUGGGUGGUGCUAUUGCAGUCCACACAGCAUCAUCUAACCUGGUGCCAAGUCUCCUGGGUCUCUGUAUGAUUGAUGUUGUAGAAGGUACAGCCAUGGAUGCACUUAAUAGCAUGCAGAAUUUCUUACGUGGUCGUCCUAAAACCUUCAAGUCUCUAGAGAAUGCCAUUGAAUGGAGUGUGAAGAGUGGUCAGAUUCGAAAUUUGGAGUCAGCCCGUGUCUCAAUGGUUGGCCAAGUCAAACAGUGUGAAGGAAUUACAAGUCCAGAAGGCUCAAAAUCUAUAGUGGAAGGAAUCAUAGAGGAAGAAGAAGAAGACGAAGAAGGAAGUGAGUCCGUAAACAAGAGGAAAAAGGAAGAUGACAUGGAGGUGAGUGAAAGCUGGCAUUCUUGGAAGGAUGGGGCAGUGAAUGGUUCAGAGUGUGUGGGGGUGGUGAGAGGGAGGUGACAUGUUCUUUUUGCU